AUGGGAUUCAUCAGUGGUAUGAUCGUUGGUAUCGCCAUUGGUAUGGGAUUGAUCGUCGCAUUUGCUCGUCACGAAAGCGCCCGAUCCAAGCGUCGUUCAGAUUUGGCGAAGAUGAUAGCAGAGUUUGCGAGAAUGACGGUGGAAGAUUCCAGAAAACUUCUACCUCCCAAGUUCUAUCCGUCAUGGGUUGUCUUCACUCGGAGACAGAAGUUUAGUUCGUUAAAUUGGCUCAAUAGCCAACUCGAAAAGAUUUGGCCGUAUGUUAAUGAGGCAGCGUCAGAGUUGAUAAAAAGCAAUGUAGAACCCAUUCUUGAACAAUAUAAGCCUAUUAUUUUGUCUUCCCUCACCUUCUCCAAGUUGACCCUUGGCACUGUGGCUCCACACUUUACAGGAAUUUCAAUUAUUGAAGAGGAUAGUGGGCCUAAUGGAGUGACUAUGGAGUUUGAGAUGCAGUGGGAUGGUAAUCCGAAUAUCGUUCUUGACAUUAAAACCCGUGUUGGUGUUGUACUUCCUGUGCAGGUAAAAAAUAUUGGAUUCACUGGGGUUUUCAGGUUGAUCUUCAAACCACUAGUAAAUGAGUUCCCUGCAUUUGGAGCUGUUUGUUUUUCCUUGAAAGAAAAGAAAGAUCUGGAUUUUACACUUAAGGUUGUUGGCGGUGAUAUAUCAUCUAUACCGGGGAUAUCUGAUGCAAUAGAGGAAACAAUUCGAGAUGCCAUUGAAGACUCUAUAACUUGGCCAGUACGCAAAAUUAUACCAAUUAUACCUGGGGAUUACAGUAACCUAGAGUUGAAACCGGUUGGAACACUGGAAGUUAAACUAGUGCAAGCAAAGAACUUAACAAAUAAAGAUUUGAUUGGGAAAUCCGAUCCUUUUGCUGUCAUGUUUGUACGCCCACUUCGGGACAGAACCAAAACCAGUAAAACAAUCAACAACCAGUUGAAUCCAAUAUGGAAUGAGCACUUUGAGUUCAUUAUUGAAGAUGCGUCAACGCAGCACUUGACCAUAAGAAUUUUUGAUGAUGAAGGCAUUCAGGCUGCUGAACUUAUUGGCUGUGCCCAAAUUUCGCUGAAGGACCUUGAACCUGGUAAAGUCAAGGAUGUAUGGUUGAAACUGGUUAAGGAUUUGGUGGUCCAUAGGGAUAACAAGGACAGGGGGGAGGUGCACUUGGAGCUCUUGUACUGCCCAUAUGGAGUUGAUAAGAGCUUUAAGAACCCUUUUGACCCUGACUACUCGUUAACCACGUUCGAAAAGACCCUCAAGAGUGAAGCUGACGAAGAGUCUGAGAAUCUUACAAGAUCAUCACCCCGGAGGAGAAGCAACGUGAUUGUAAGAGGGGUUCUAUCUGUGACAGUGAUUUCAGCUGAAGACUUGCCAGUAGUGGAUUUGAUGGGCAAGGCUGACCCAUUUGUUGUCCUUAUGUUGAAAAAAUCGGAAAAAAAACUCAAGACCAGGGUUGUAAACGAAUCCCUAAACCCAAUUUGGAAUCAAACAUUCGACUUCGUUGUGGAGGAUGGCUUACGCGAAAUGUUAAUUCUUGAAGUCUGGGAUCAUGAUACGUUUGGCAAGGAAAAAAUUGGAAGAGUGCUCAUGACACUUACUAAGGUCAUAUUAGAAGGGGAAUACCAGGAAACUGUUCCUCUAGAUGCAGCUAAAUCCGGAAACAUUACAUUCUAUCUGAAGUGGACUCCGCAGCACAAGUACCGGGAUCCUUAGCAGACUUCACAGUUGGCUCAGCACAAU